AUGGCUGGUAACUCUUGGACCGCCGAGGCCGAGAAGGCUCUCUUGCUCUCCAUUGCCACCACUGCCAACGCCGGUGCUGGUACGAAGCCUGAGUGGGCUGCCGUCACUCGCCGCAUGAACCGCCUCGGUUAUAACUUUACCUCUGCGGCCCUCGCUCAGCGCUACGGCAAGUCUUUGGCUAAGCCUUACAAUGAUCGUGUCAACGCGGCCGCCGACGUGCCCAUCACUCCGGCUUCUACUCCUUCUCGCAAACGUGCUGCCCCCGGUUCCGGCACCAGGGCGACUAGAACCUCCGCUGCCGGUGGCUCUGGCCCGGCCCAGGCCGCCAACGAGAUGGCUUCGCUUGCUCUUUCGGCUGACAACGGCGGUGAUGAUGCUGAGCCCGACAUGGAGGACUCCAAGAAGCGCGUGAAGUUCACUCACGGCAGUGCUUCUGCUGGUCUUGAUGCUGGUCUUAAUGGCCAGCAGAUUGAUCUUACCGGCGACGAUACUGGCGUCAACAUCGAGAACACUGCUCCUGCCGCUGGUGAGAACGGACAGCCGAUUGACCUCGCCGAUGACCAGGUCGAGAUCAAGCAUGAGGUCGAGAUCCGUUUCCUCAAUGCCUCCUUCAGUCAUCGUGCCCGUGCUCGCAGACCCAUUCUUGUCAUCCCAACACUUCAGGCCCCGAGCUUUUAUUGGCGUUUUUGUGGCUCUCCCAGCUUCACCAGGAAGAAAUCGCUUCUCCCUGGCCUCCUCCUUCCGUCUACUACGAGCUGUCUAUCUCUUUACCCUUCUCCUCAAACUCGACACCUCUACCUCCUACCCUCCAUCACUACCUUCCGUCUCUCCAAACUUCCCUCUUCCACCCACAAAUUUCUACAAUCCAAGUUCCAACCACACUUCAGCUUUCAAUUUCCACAAUUCAACAUCUACAUCAUACACAACUUCCUCUUCAAGCACCCAACACUUUCAAAAAUGGACCUAACUCGGAAAUUCCACAGCAUGACCCUCAACCCCAUCCCGACCAACGAGGAGUACUUCGAAGUCAUGGGCAUCAUUCCCCAGUCCCCCAAGGUGAAAAUCGAGAAGGAUGUCUUGGCCGCCUGUGAGGCAGGUCGCAAGCAGCUCCAGGAGAUCAACGCGAAAAAGGCAGCCGACAAGGAGAAGGCUCGCAAGGCAGCCGAGGAGAAGGCUGCUGAGGCGGCUGCUCAGGCUGCUGCAAACGCGACUGCGAUGGACUUGGAUUAA